UUGCCAGAACUUGUUGCCUACGAGAUACCGGCGGAGACGGAAUUGUUGCACAACUAUCCCAAUCCGUUUAACCCGGAGACGUGGAUACCCUAUCGGUUGGCAGAGGACGCCUUCGUCACCCUGACCAUCUAUGACCAGACCGGUCAGGUUGUCCGCACAAUCGACGUGGGACAUCAGAUUGCGUCGGUCUACGAAAGUAGGUCAAAGGCAAUCUACUGGGAUGGCAGAAAUGGAUUGGGUGAGCAGGUGGCAAGCGGCGUCUACUUCUAUCACCUUACGGAAAGAAAGGAAAAACACAAUGAACCCACCCCUCCCAAACAGACCGAAACAGUAACGCUCGACGGAGAGGAAGUCGCCUUCACCGAGGGGGAAACCCUCUACGAGAUCUCGGAACGGAAUCGGAAGGAUAUUCCGACGCUCUGCUACGACCCUCGCCUCGAAGCCUUCGGCGGCUGCCGCCUCUGCGUCGUUGAACUGGAAGGUGCGCGAACUCCGGUAGCGUCCUGCACGACGAAGGCGACGCCCGGCAUGGUCGUCCGGACAGCGACUGAGGAUAUUGAGAAAUACCGAAAGACCUUGUUGGAGAUGGUCACGUCCGAAAACCGUGAGAUCGAUGUCGAUUCGCUGCGCGGCUAUGCGUCACAGGAGCUGACAACGCUUGUCAACCGCUACGAGGCGCGUACCGGACGGUUCAUGGGUGCGAUGUCAGGGACAGACCAAACAGACGACAAAAAUCCCUUUAUCUUUCGCGACUACGAUCUCUGUAUCUCCUGCUACCGGUGCGUCCGCGUCUGCGCCGAGCAGGAGGGUGAUUACGCAAUAAGCGUCAUGAACCGCGGCUUCCACACGCAGAUCACCACCGAGUUCAAUGGAGAUUGA